UUACCCGUCGACGUUUCUCAACGCACGACGCGUACAUUUUCCUACGUUUUGACAGUUUUAAUUAAGUGUAAAAAUUGCGAAAUAAAUUUUUCGCACGCGUGGUGUUUGGUGGAUCGCAUUUUAAAACUUAUACCAUUUUUUACUGGAGCGUUAAUUCCUCGUUAGGGAAUCAAAGGGGUUUAAUUUCGCGAGGAAAUAAUCAAAAGAUUUCUGGACGUUCCAUUUGUUAUCAAGAAAAAGAAAUCGGGUUUUCAGCUAUUAAAGGGAUUAAGGAUCGAUAGAAAGGAACGAGACGAUCUUUUGUGGAAUUUUAAUCAAAUCAUGAAAAAAUAUCGUCAGAUAAAGUGACGGUGAAAAUUCUUGUAUGUAUCUGCGAUAAUGCUGUGCAACGUGCUACAACUGGAAGAUAUAUCUUUAAUCUUCGUCUGUGAAUUUUCUACGUGUGAUGACGAACGAGAAAAUGAGAGAAGGCAAAAUUAAAAUGAUAAAAGUGUGUGGAGAAAAUUAAAUACUAGAAAUGAUCUUAUUCUCUGUGACACAUGACUUAAAAGUGCCGCUGGCCUUCGUCAAACGUGCAAUAUAUGCGACCUUAUCCAACAAAUUUUAUCAAAUUGACAUGUGAAUUAUGCGUUCCGAGAAAGAACUGGGAAUUCUCGAUGGAUAAUCACUUUGCCUAUGGCAUUCGAUUCCAUACUCUGUGAUUUACACUGAUCUGGUCUAUAUUAAUAACGACGUCAUAUCAAUGAGUCUGGAGAAUGGCGAAUAAUAUUGCAAUGUGUUUUUUAAACUGAUGUAUUUUGCACAUUGCGACCGACUAAGCUGAUUUCUUGAAACGACGAGCAUCGAAGGAAGCUUUUUUUCGGUCAAUAUUAUCUCACAAUCGAGAGCAAUCAUGUUCGUGUUUCAAAAAUUAUGGAGUAAAGAUUUGAGAUGUCAACAAAUACCGGGGACGAUCGGCGGCCUAUCGCGAUUCCGAAGAUCAGCAUCGCCGACGGACUGGUCGAACCUAACAUUCUACGAUUACCAAAAUCACAGUCUUGACACGAUUUUCGACAUAGAAGAGGAAUCGAAUAGCUUUUGCCCCUCGCUCUACUUUCUUCUGGAUUUCUGUCAUCUGUACUACAUACCAUCCAUUAUCUUAUUGGGCUUGGUAGGCAACCUGUUGUCAUGCGUGGUUUUCCUUAAGACGCAUUUAAAGCUACGUAGCUCCAGUUACUACUUGGCGGCAUUAGCAACCGCCGAUUUUAGCUUUCUCAUGUCCCUGCUUCUCGUCUGGCUUAAUAGCACGAUCGGAUGGAAAGUCUUUAACAAUAAUGGCUGGUGCGAAACUUUGGUGUAUGUAAGCGCAGUUUGCAGUUCACUUAGUGUUUGGCUAAUCGUCGCUUUCACCGUCGAGCGAUUUAUCGCCGUACAGUAUCCACUGCAUCGACCGCAUAUGUGCACCGUAGCGCGUGCAAAGACCAUCAUUCUGAUAUUAACGAUCCUCGCUUUAGUCAGUCACUCGUACUCCUUCAUUACUGCUGGGGUAGUAAAAAAUCAGGGCGGAGACGAGGUGUGCGAAUUGAAGAUUGAGUACCUAGAAACUAUGCACAUCAUUAGCAUUAUCGACAGUAUAGCGAGUCUGAUCGUGCCACUUGUACUCAUCAUCGUGAUGAAUACCAUGAUUAUGAGAAAUCUUCUGAAGUUUGGCAGGCGAUUCAAUCAGGAGCCCGGUUACACUGCAAAUUGUCCCAACAGGGAGAAAUCUGACAUCAAUCUUAAUCAAAUCCCGAGUGCCAAUAGCAGCAAUAACGGAGGCGCCGGAAAUAUGAACCUGGUUUCGCUCGUGGGCACGAAUGGGACUCGAAGACCACCCUCUCAACAAUCAUCGUUUCAUUCGUCUAAGAACCAUUCCCGGCAUCAACCUACAUCUGCUCCGCCGUCGACACCGCGGAACGCCUGUCAGAUGACCGAAAUAGAAGCUCCGUGUAUACACGUUAGGUCAUCUUGUCGGAAUCUCGGAUCGACUAGAUUUAAUCAAGAGAGCAUCACUAAAAUGCUCGUGCUUAUUAGUACGGUCUUCAUAUUGCUUAAUUUACCGAGCUAUGUGAUUCGUCUAUGCGUGUUCUUUUUUGCGCUAGCAAAGAAGGAUACACCGGAGACACUCUGGUGUCUUCAACAGUUCUUCAUGCUGCUCUAUUAUACAAACUUCAGCAUCAAUUUCCUUUUAUAUGCAAUGUGCGGCAUCACGUUCCGUCGGUGUCUGGAGCAGAUACUGCGUAGGAUUCUAAAGAGUAUGACUCGGUAUCAUUGCAGUCCACAAAGGGAAUCAGUAAGCCCGUGAAACAUCAACGCUCUUUGACCGAUGAUUCUCCUUUAUCCGUGUUUGGUUUCAACUGAGAUUUUAGUCGAAAUCCUCGAGGCUUUUGGACGUAAAUCCAAGGAUAAAUCUAAGAUGAUCCUAUUUGCCUGAAUCGCCUUGAAAGGGCGCACCAUUUCACCAGACGCGAUACGCAUCUGUGACUUUAAGCUCGACGUCGAUAACAAGAUGACGGAUUUAAAAAAAUUUUGUCAAAAAAUAAGAAAAAUGUUGCUGUAAAACUCGAAACGAUAUAAAUAUUUGACUGACAUAGAUAGGAUUCUUGAAUU